AUGAAUUAGUUGAACUCUUAAUCUCAAAAUUCAAGCAUAUCAACUUAAUCGUGCGAAGAAUAGCAAAUUCCAUAAUAGCAUUUUACACAGAAUACUUUAAAAUGCAGAAAUCUACUAAAACUAUUUGAGUUAGGCUAGUAAUAUGGCAAGGACUGCUUUUAUCUCGGAGCAAAUAAUGCAAUAAGACCUGAUUUAAUGAUAAGUAACUGCUAAUUUCUUAGAGGUUCGGACUAUACCAAAUACUCCCUGGACUGGUCUUAGAGGAUAGUUAAAUCAAAGUCAUAGCAAAAAUAUUAGGAAUUCCAAGCAAGUCAAUAAAUGCAAGAGGAAGAAUGCGAUGAUAGAAAGAAGUUGAUGAAAUCUCGGUACAGAUCUAGAUACUUUUAAGAAUAUGAUCUAGACCUAGUCUGCACCUAUUGUAAUGAAUACGGUCAUGUUAGGGGCAAUUGCUUUCAACUUAAUUUUAGACCUAUUUGUCUUCGAUGCUAAAAUUUUAAUCACGACUUUGAGGAAUGCCAGCAGCAUAGAUGCUCUAGGUGUGCUAAUAUUGGUCAUAGUGAAGUAGAUUGUAAAGUCUUUGAUAUUUUACAAUGUAAAAAGUGCUAAUUAAAUGGUCAUUUGGAUGAUCAUUGCAUGCUAAUGAGAGAUUUUAUUAAGGAUUAAAGGAUUGUUUGA